AUGAUAUUAGAAUUGAUAAUAACAUCAGUAUUACUUUUGUCAAGUCGUAGUACUGCACGACGUGUACCACAUUGUGUACUUAAAUGUAAAGAUGCACACAUGCAACAGAUGGAAAAAGAAUGGUCAUUGAAUUUUGCAUUUCCAUUAUUAUCACUACUGAAAGCUACCGGUAAUGAAACAGCUGCAUAUAAUCGAGCAGUUGAAAUUUGCAGAAGUAAUGAUUUGUUAAUCAAUUGUCUUGCCGGAUGUAAUAAAACAAAUGAACGAAAAAUUAUAGAAUUGGGACUUCUACCGUGGCAAGAAAUAUGCUUGAAUUUACCUGUGCUUCAAGCGCAGUUUCCAUGUUGGCGACAGAAUAUCGAUAAUUUAACGUCAAACUGUCGCAAACAAAGUUACGAACUUCGUGAACGCAUCAAAUUUUUAACUGUAAAUGAAUCGCCGUCAGCUCUUCAGAGAAUAUGUUUAAGUUUGGAUAAAUUUGCUGAUUGUAGUGUCCGCAACUAUGGUCAUCUUUGUGGACAAAGUAGUGAAAAUUUCAUCGAUCGAUUAUUGUGGAUCAGUCGUAGUGCAAUAUAUGACAUGUUGACAAUCAAAUGGUCUAUUCUACCACCAUCCUGUAACAUUGAUUUUUCAAAACGUGAAUUGAGUUUAUUAAAUUCGAUUUAUGUUCACAAUCAACAAACUUAUUGCAAAGAAUAUAAAUUAUUGAUUGGUUCAGUGUUAUUAUUUAUAUUUCUGAUUAAAAAUAUCAAUUACUGA